AUGUUUUGGUUAACUGAACCCGUGUCUAAGCUUUCUGAUCAUGAUCAAAGUCUCUUUGUAGCUAUCUUGUGGUCCAUUUGGACUAGUAGAAACAAUUUCAUUUUCCAACAUUUGAAAGAAAAUCAUACUACUGUCUUAGCUAGAGACAGAGCUAUGCUCUUAACUAGGAAAAUUGGCCUUACUGCUUCCACUACUACUUCUGUCAGUAUUUGUGAUCAUUGGAUACCCCCCUUUUUUGGAUGGAUUAAAUGCAAUACUGAUGGUGCAUUUGAUGAUACUUUUGGAGCAAAUGGUGCAGGGUAUGUGAUGCGUGACUUCUCAAGAAAAGCUUCCUUUUGUGCCUCAAUAGUCUUUCAGUCUGCUGAAGAAGUUGAAGCCAGAGCCAUUUGA